UACGCAAAGCCUCCCAAGAAUUGUGGGCAGGGAUCUUUGGGACGUGGGCAGUGGUAUUUUGGGAGUUAGACUGUAGGUCUUCCUCAUGAUGUACUUUUCAUCUUUUGCCACAGAAUGCCAAGUUGGCUGAAUCAGUUGUUUUCCAAGCUGCAGGAAUGCCAAGUUGGCUCAAGUUAGCUCAAGUUUCAGCAUAACUGAAGGUCGACAGAUAACAAGAUGUUGAAUAUUUUGUUCUCAUUACAUUUUUAACUACAAGAUUUAUUCUAUCCUAAAGUGAGUUUAUACAGUAUCAAUGCUGAUUGUGCCUCGGGGAGAACAGACUUCAGAAUAGAAAGAAAAAAAAACCACAAAACCUACUGUGAACAACAGCUGAAAACAGCAGCUGAGAAGAGGAAGGAGGAGCACAGACAGAAAAAGCCCUGCAGCCCCCAAUGUCAGUGCAGCAGGAGGGCAGGAGGGGCUCCAGGCGCACAGCAGCAGAUCCCCUGCAGGCUGUGGAGGGGCCCCUGGUGGAGCAGGCUGUCCCCCUGCAACCCAUGGGUCCCACAUGGAGCAGAUCUCCACGCUGCAGCCCGUGGAGAGGAGCCCACGCAGGACCAGGGGAUUUGGGGGAGCUGCUGCCCACGGGGUACCCACGUUGGAGCAGUUUGCUUCUGAUGGGUGCACCCUGUGCUAUGGACCUGUGUGUGCAAAGCACAUCUCGGAUCAGUUUGGGCAGAACACGUUUUAUUGGAGGAACUCCACGCUGGAGCAGGAGGAGAAAGUGGCUUCGUCCGCAGAGAAAUCGUUUUUUCACUAUAUUUCCCCUCCCAGCACUUCUGAGGAGGGGGAGGAAGAUUCAGUGUGCUGAAUCCGAGCUGGUGCUAGGACAGCUGUGCUGGGGCUCCGCGGAACCGCAAAGGGGGUUAAUUGGUUAAUUGCUGGGAGGGUGGAGCAAGGCUGCAGGGAAGGCACAGCCCGCCCCUGCUGCUGCUGCUGCUUUAGGAGAACAACGGGACUGAGGAUGAAAAAGAAUUUCCCUGCUAGUUUGUGUUAGCUGCGAAGAACCACGCUCCUCUACAGUUGUGCUGCUACUUUUAGAAGACAAAGCAAGAUUUUUCCUUCUGUUUAAUUACCGAUGCUGCUCUGAUGUUUGCAGGGGUCCAUGGAAGCCAGCUGGAUGCUGCCAGGAGACCUGCUGCUGCUUUUGCAGGUGUCCUGUCUUGCAGCAGAAAUGAUAGAGCUCUGGGCAGAGGAAGGAUCCUCUGUCACGAUGCACGCACCGGCUAUCAAGAAUGUGAACUGGACCAACUGGGAAUACAUAAGAGAUGACACCUCCAAAUUAAUCCUGCAGUACUACGCAGAGUCGCAGUCAGUAACCAUUUACCCAGCUUACGAAGGCAGAGUGGUUUUCUACAAAAACAACGGCUCCCUUGUCCUGCAGAAGCUGCGAGAGACGGACAGUGGCAUCUAUAGAGCAACAGUUAACUUGAUGCAGGACAAAGCAGCAACAACCACUCUUAGAGUGAUCGAGCCCUUGCCCCAGCCCAAGCUCCUGAGCAGCUCAAACCUGGAUGGUUCACUCAUCAACCUGACCUGCGUGCUGCCAGAAGGAAUGGUGGCUGAUGUCUCCUGGAAGAAGGAUGGACAUCCCCUUCCCCCCGAAAAGUGCUUCCAGCUCACUGGGAAGACCGCUGUGCUGCAGAUAAGGAAGGCAGAGAAGUCGGAUUGUGGCUCCUACUCCUGCAUAAUCAAUAACUCCAUAAGCUGGAGGGAGGCAGCCCUCAACCUGACCGUGACAGGUCUUACACCUCCUGCCCGUGAUGCACAGAUGAUGACCGCUGCUGCGCUGGUGCUCACUGCCAUCUCUGCCGUCCUCUUCAUUAUCCGGCUCUGUCAGCUGGGGAAGCUCAGACUCGGAAAGGAAGCGUGGGAAUGGUUAAUGAUGUCCUUACUGGGGCUGCUGUGCACCUCUUCUCUCCUCCUGUUGGCUGCCUCUGUCAUCUGGAUGCAGGAAGACGGUCAUUCUGCUGCCUUCAUCCUGCUCGGGCUUUUCCUCUCAGCUGGGAUCGUGGCCAUGGCACUGACGGUGGUGGCGAUGUCGCCGUGCAGACCAGCAGUGCUCACACACUUCAGGUCCAAAGGCUGGCACCGUGUCAUCCUGUGCAUUACAGCCACGAUGCUGGUAGUCAACCUGCUGUUCAGCACCCUCUUGCUCCACAACUUCCAUCAGCUCCACGAGCGGGGCUGCUCAGAGGCUGUCAAUCUGACCAUUGGCUUCGUCAUUCCUGCUGUAGCAGUCUUCCCCACGCUGCUGCUCCUCUUCCUGUGCUCUUACAAGAAAAAUCAGGAGAAGCAGCAGCAGCCGGACCCCCAGGAGGUCACCCGCAGCUUACAGACCAAGUCUACUCAGUGACUUCCAGCAAACAUCAGCUGUCUCCUUCUCCAGUUGCUGCAGAUACUUGUAAUGACAGGCUUGGUGCAGUGACUGCUUCCCUGGGGAGCCUGUUCCAGUGCGGAACCACCCUCUCAGUGAAGAACCUCUUCCUGAUGGCCAGCCUAAACUUCCCCUAAGGAGACUGUAGCAAGAGCCGCUCCAAUUAAAUGAUUCCAUUUGGAUCCUCUGUUGGUGUCCCCAGUUUGUCAAACCAAGGUACCAGGGCAACUACGAGGCGUUCCCAUGACCGUGUUCCCGUAUCGCCCGAUUGAGGAAUUAAAAAUAUUGUUGCCAGCAGCUGGCUUCAAGGACAAGACCUACACGGCUGCUAAUCACAAGGGGGUUGUUUCCUUGCAGGUGGGGUUGUUUUCUUGCAGUUGUUUGUCUAAGUGCUUUUGACCAAGAAUGUUGUGUGAGACACUAUCUGCCCGUUAAGUUUGCUAUAAGAAUCAGUCUAUUUGGUUGCUAAAGGAGAGCAUGAUCUGA